AUGUCGGUCUCGGUGGCGUUCAUUGGAGUGCUGAUGCUUCAUUUGGUCUCCUCACAGAACGAUUUUGGCGAGAGUCAGACCUCUCGCUUCACCUCUUCCUCUUUGCUGAAACUACCGGGCAUUCGUUACAGGUACAGCUCUGCUCUGUUCUCCUCAUCCCUCCUUAGUUACAGGUAUAACUCUGUUCUUUUCUCCUUGUCAUCCCUCCUUAGUUACAGGUACAGCUCUGUUCUGUUCUCCUCGUCAUCCCUCCUUAGUUACAGACACAACUCUGUUCUGUCCUCCUCAUCAUCCCUCCUUAGUUACAGGUACAGCUCUGUUCUGUUCUCCUCGUCAUCCCUCCUUAGUUACAGACACAACUCUGUUCUGUUCUCGUCAUCCCUCCUUAGUUACAGGUACAUCUCUGUUCUGUUCUCGUCAUCCCUCCUUAGUUACAGGUACAUCUAUGUUCUGUUCUCGUCAUCCCUCCUUAGUUACAGGUACAGCUCUGUUCUGUCCUCCUCAUCAUCCCUCCUUAGUUACAGGUACAACUCUGUUCUGUUCUCCUUGUCAUCCCUCCUUAGUUACAGGUACAUCUCUGUUCUGUUCUCGUCAUCCCUCCUUAGUUACAGGUACAGCUCUGCUCUGUUGUCCUCGUCAUCCCUCCUUAGUUACAGGUACAUCUCUGCUCUGUUCUCCUCAUCAUCCCUCCUUAGUUACAGGUACAUCUCUGCUCUUUUCUCCUCAUCAUCCCUCCUUAGUUACAGGUACAGCUCUGCUCUGUUCUCCUCGUCAUCCCUCCUUAGUUACUGUUACAUCUCUGUUCUGUUCUCCUCGUCAUCCCUCCUUAGUUACAGGUACAACUCUGUUUUGUCCUCCUCGUCAUCCCUCCUUAGUUACAGGUACAGCUCUGCUCUGUUCUCCUCGUCAUCCCUCCUUAGUUACAGGUACAGCUCUGCUCUGUUCUCCUCGUCAUCCCUCCUUAGUUACAGGUACAGCUCUGCUCUGUUCUCCUCGUCAUCCCUCCUUAGUUACAGGUACAUCUCUGCUCUGUUCUCCUCGUCAUCCCUCCUUAGUUACAGGUACAGCUCUGCUCUGUUGUCCUCGUCAUCCCUCCUUAGUUACAGGGCUAUCUGUGUGGUGUGGUGUGGUGUGGUGCGGUAUGGUGUGGUGUGGU